AUGGCAAUCUUAAUGAGUUUAUCUUUAUUGCUAAUCAUAGCCGAGAAACAUUAUCCACCCAUAUUGAGUAGAUUAAUGUUAAUCAAACGCCGCUUAUCCAAACGAUGGUUUAAUGGCAAGCGAUGCAUUGUAAUCAGGAGCUCCAUCCUGCACUUGUAUGAUCAUCCAUCGCGGCUGUCAUACACGCCUCUCCUCUUCAAAAAAAGACAAGACGAGAAUGGCCAUAUUUGGGACAACGUUGAUAGUUUCUGCAAUAAUCAAGCAGAGCUUCUCAGGGAUCCUGCGGGUGCUGCUAAGGUUUGGGAAGACACGACCGCUGGUAAUGAACUCGACGUUUUCAUUGCUCAAAGCUGGAUAGCAGAAUAUGAGCUUAACUGGCUACUCAACCUCGAAGACAAUGUCGUUGGGGGCUGUGGCACUACCGAAGGCAGCUGCAAUCCUCUAGGUAGCAUGAACUGUGAGGAGCAGUUCAACAAGUACGGCACAGACAAGGAUGGCAAUGAGCAUAUCCUUGGAAAGACGUCUUACUGGAUCUUCCUAGCUGCCAAAGGUAUGCAGGCCAAGUUCAGGAUGCUGAAAGAAAAACUCACUUCCGAUACUAUGGUCGCUGGAUUCCUUAUUCCCAGCAUGGUCAAAGACUUGGAAGGCAAAGAGGAUCAGAAGUCUGAUAUCAUGAACUGGCUUGCUGCUGCAGUUGGUUUUUGCGGAAGCCUAGGUGGUAAUGUCCCUGUAGCUGGACUUUAUAUAUCGACUGGUGCUGGUAUCUUGGGCGGCAUCUUCAGUGCCGUGGCAGACAAGACUGCCCCAGAAGAAAUCGACACGUCUACUAUCUCCGGUGCCUUGGUCGAACUAUUCAUAGCCUCCGCCAACCAAAUCGACGAGACUCUCAAGCUUGCUUCACCGAUUGCCAAUAUAGCCGUGGAUGAUGCAAUCAAGUCUAUCACCGAGAAUAUCAAGCCUAAGAUCGCGAAUAAUGUCAUGAAAGCUGCCAAUCUCCGCCUUAUAGCUGACAAGAGGAUUCACAGCCGAGAGGACUGUGGCUAUGCUACCGGCAGCCAAUGGAUGUCUCUUAGAGAUGGGGAGGAGUACUGCUUCUACAUCAUGCGCUAUAAGCCCUUCGGUGGUAACUACAGCGAAUCGGGGACUGAGGCCGAAGAGGAAGUCUAUACGAACAUGGCCAAGUAUAACCUUGGAAACCGUGAUUCGUACUAUCGUGCCGUCCUCGACUGUGCUCUCAGUGCCAACAAACAGCUUCAGGUGGAUAACUUGGGUUUUAACAACAUUCCUGUUUGCUUCUUCGACCUCGAGGCGUUUUUCAUCGACCAUAAUGACACACUAGAAUGUACCAGCAACCUUAUUAGCAAGGUCUGUCCUCCCGUCAAGGCUACUGCAAUUGCAUGA